GGUGCAAAAAGCACUGACACACACAUACAUCUAUAGAAUACCUUAGCAUGGCAACAAGAGGAAGAGAACAACGCGAAGUGGAAGGGGUUAAGUUGUGGAUUGAUUUACCGCGUCGAAAAAAGUGCAACGGAAUCGAAAAUCUAUAUACAAAUUGCAGCCUGGCAACAGAUCGGCUGUUUUUCUGUGUGUGUGGGUCCAGUGGUAAUGGAAAUUGAAACACAAUUUACCACAAGCUCCUCGUUUUUAUCAUUUUGCACAAGUGUUUUUAGAUACAUCUCAGUUGCGUUAUAAAAUUCCCUAUAAUGUUUCGACGUUCCCUAGGAUCCAUUGCGAUCCUGGCUUCGCGAAAUUAUUCUGCCAAGUCAUUCUACAGCAACAUGGCUCAAAUCAUCGACGGCAAGGGUAUUGCCCAGGAGAUCCGAUCGCAGUUGGGACAGGAGCUGAAGGAGUUCGUGGCCGCCGGGUAUCCGGUGCCCCAUCUCACGGCCGUGAUUGUGGGCGAGGAUCCGGCCAGCGAGAAGUAUGUGGCCAACAAGAUGGUCGCCUGCCGGGAGGUGGGAAUCUCCAGCGAGACAAAGCGGCUGCCCGCCUCCACGACACAAGAGGAGCUCCUCCAGGUGAUCGCCGAUCUGAACAGGGAUAAGCGGGUGACCGGAGUGCUGGUGCAGCUGCCAGUUCCGGAACACAUAAACGAGCGCACCAUCUGCAAUGCCGUGGACGUGGACAAGGAUGUGGAUGGCUUCAAUGAGCUGAAUAUCGGCCGCUUGGCUUUGGACAUGGAUGGCAUUGUUCCGGCCACGCCCCUCGGAGUCAAGCGGCUGCUGGAGCAUCUGAAUAUCGAGACCCAUGGCCGCAAUGCCGUGGUGGUGGGUCGAUCCAAGAACGUCAGCCUGCCCAUGGCCAUCCUCCUGCACGCGGAUGGAAAGUAUGCCACCAAGGCACUGGACGCCACGGUGACCAUCUGCCACAGGUACACGCCGCCCAAGGAGCUGGCCCGCCAUUGCCGGCAGGCGGACAUAAUCGUGGUGGCCGUGGGCAAGCCGGGACUGAUUACCAAGGACAUGGUGAAGCCAGGAGCCUGUGUCAUCGACGUGGGCAUCAAUCGCAUCAAGGACGAGAAGACGGGCAAGUUUAAGCUUGUAGGGGAUGUGGAUUUCGAGGAAGUUCGCGAGGUCGCCGGCCACAUCACUCCGGUUCCCGGCGGAGUUGGUCCCAUGACGGUGGCCAUGCUGAUGCACAACACUUUAAAGGCGGCCAAGAAGCAGUUGUGCGACCAACAGUCCUCCUGAACUCCUGUCACCGAGUAGUCCGCGCUUCGCUGGCCGAGAAAUAGUAUUUUUUAUUUAAUCCCCUAACCCAUAACCUAAAGUAGAGAGUAGAGUUACUGACCAACCGCUAACAUGACGAUUGUAAACUACACAAACUUAUUUUGCAAUAUAAACAGAGAUAAUGGAAUCUAAA